AUGGUGAUUUUCCGGUGGCUUGUGGUGGCAGUUUUGGCGGCGGUGCUCGGUGGUGCGAGUGGCGGCGAUGUGACCUACGACGGGAGGUCGUUAAUCAUCGAUGGGCAGAGGAAGCUUUUGUUCUCUGGCUCAAUUCAUUAUCCAAGAAGCACACCCGAUAUGUGGCCAUCUUUAAUAUCAAAAGCCAAAGCCGGAGGACUUGACGCAAUCGACACUUAUGUUUUCUGGAACCUUCACGAGCCCAAACCAGGACAGUUUUACAUGAAGAAUUUCACUACGAAAAUAGUGAACAUGAUGAAGUCCAAUAAACUGUAUGCUUCACAAGGAGGUCCUAUUAUACUUUCUCAGAUUGAGAACGAGUACCAAAAUGUAGAAAAGAGAUUCGGCAAACAUGGGCCGCCAUAUGUCCGUUGGGCCGCAGCAAUGGCCGUGGGCCUCAAGACUGGCGUCCCAUGGGUUAUGUGCAAGCAAAACGAUGCUCCUGAUCCCGUUAUCAACGCAUGCAAUGGAUUUAUGUGUGGGGAGACAUUUGUGGGCCCAAAUUCACCAAAAAAACCAGCAAUUUGGACAGAAAACUGGACACACUUCUAUGACUUAUAUGGCAGCAUCACUCGAAUCAGAUCAGCCGAGGACAUCGCAUAUCACGCUGCUCUGUUCAUAGUCAAAAUGAAUGGCAGCUUCAUAAACUAUUACAUGUAUCAUGGAGGAACGAAUUUCGGGCACACAGCCUCAGCAUUUGUAAUAACCAGUUAUUACGAUCAAGCACCCUUGGAUGAAUAUGGUCUAAUAAGGCAGCCAAAGUGGGGUCAUCUCCAGGAACUACAUGCAGCAGUGAAGCUUUGCUCACAGACUUUACUUUACGGAUCACGAAUUAUAAUCCCUUUAGGUCCACAGCAAGAAGCCUACGUGUAUUCAGGAAAGAAAGGACAAUGCGCAGCAUUUUUGGUGAACACGAACAUUAGACAUAAUGCAGAAGUCCAAUUUCGAAAUGGAACAUAUCAAAUUCCUCGUCAUUCAAUCAGUAUAUUGCCCGACUGCAAAACUGUUGUGUUUAACACAGCUAAGGUAAGUGCCCGAAAUAAUAACACGAGAACAAGGCAACCAGUCGUGAAGUUAGACUCGCCACAAAAAUGGGAAGAAUAUGAUGAAGUUAUUCCAGUAUUUGAUGAUACUUCUCGGAAGUCACAUUUGUUGUUAGAACAGAUGAAAACUACAAAAGACACAACGGAUUAUCUAUGGUACACUGCAAGUUUUGAGCAGGACAAGCAAUCACAAGCCGUGAUUAAUGUCGCGUCUCGAGGGCAUGUUUUGCGUGCAUUCGUCAAUGGAGCACUCAUUGGCUCUGGACACGGAACCAAAAGAAAUUCAAAUUUCAGAUUCGAGACCAAAAUAGCUCUAAAAGGUGGAGUUAACAACAUCUCUCUGCUAAGCAAUAUGGUUGGUCUACCGGAUUCGGGAGCAUUUAUGGAGCGCGCGGCUGCAGGACUGGAAACUGUCAGCAUCCACAAUGAUCGAGCUUUAGAGAACUUGAUAGAUAACAAUCAGUGGGGAUAUCAGGUAGGACUACUCGGAGAGAGGUUGCAGAUUUACACAGAGAAAGGAUCAAUUCAAGCACAAUGGAGAAGAUUCAACUCUUCUUCUAAGCCACUAAAAUGGUAUAAGACGACAUUUGAUUCGCCCGGGGGCUUUGAUCCUGUAGCACUAAAUCUUGGCACCAUGGGAAAAGGUGAAGUUUGGAUCAAUGGUGAGAGUAUUGGCCGGUAUUGGAUAUCCUUUCUUACACCAGCUGCCACUCCAUCACAAAUAUGGUAUCACAUACCAAGAUCUUUCCUCAGACCUACAGGCAAUCUCUUAGUAUUGUUUGAAGAAGAAGAAAUAGGCAAUCCUCUAGGCAUAACAGUCGACACAGUUUCUGUUACUAAAUCACGCAGACAUUUUCUGAUUAAGACUCAAUGA